CCGGCAAAAACCCCGAGCCGGAAAAAAGCUGUAGCCAUGUAAAUGCAAAUGCCGUUGGGGAUAUUUAAAUCCCCCGCAGAUUUGCAAUUCCGAAGUGUCUCAUUAGCAUCCCUUUUCCGGAAAGGGAUGCCAAUGUAGACACAGUCCUGCUGUUUAAAGAAAGUGCUAUCAGUAAAGGAGAGACACUGAAUGUAGCGUGUGGCAUUUAUUUUCUGUUCCAUUGCAAAUUUGGAAACUUCUAGAUAGCUAAUCCUACAUAGUAAAGAUUGAGGAGAUAGUCUCUCUUUUAGGGAGCGAUCUAUUACUGAAACAACAGUCAAAGGAUUGUGUGAGCAGUGGAGAACCACACUAAAGGUGGCUUGCUAGCUGUGGUGUUCCAGCCACAUUCUGAAUAUGGCAACCCAGGAUUGUGUCUCUUCCGAAGAUGGCUGUUUGUGCACUUCUUUAGGAUUACCUUUUCCAGGACUGAGUGACUCUGAUGAGCUGAGCAGAUCCUAUCCCUGGACCAUCAAGUGUAGAAAAAGUGGGCUUUCCAGGCUCUGCCAGAGUAAAACUUCUUUGUCUGAGGAUGGAUGGACUUCCUAUUGCUUAUCUUCACUGGCUGCUCACACCAUUUGUUCUGGCAAACUUGGUAACUCUUGGGCUCAUUUGGACCUUUCCUCCUUAUCCCAUUCCAUCAGUAGCACCUCUUCGUUUUCCUUCUUGAAUGUCUUGAAUGUAGAGGAAUCCCUCCAGUCGCUCCCAGCUGCUGUGCGCAACCCAAAUCAAGCCAUCUUCACCGUGGAUGUCAGGACAACAGAGAUUCUCAUUGCCAAUGACAAAGCCUGCAAGCUCCUUGGGUACAGUAGUCAGGAGCUGAUUGGCCAGAAGCUGUCCCAGCUGAUAUCCAAAUGUACUCGGGGUGUAGUGGAGGCCCUAGCGGAGGAACACGUGGAGGCCAAUGGAUGUGCAGCUAUGGUUUCUGGAACAGUGGUGGAUGUUAUAGACCGCAGCAAUGAGAAGAUCCCUGUCUCAGUCUGGAUGAGGAGAAUGAGAAGUGAGGAAAAGUGGUGCUGUGUGGUUGUACUGGAACCGGUGGAAAAGCUCUCUGCCUCUGUUUCCUUCAAAAGUGAUGGAGAGAUUAUAUCAUGUGACCUUCUUUUUGCUCACCUUCAUGGUUACACAUCCUUGGAAGAAAUAGUGGGGAAUGACAUAAAAGACCUGAUUCCUUCUCUGCAGAUCCCUCCUCCUGGCAAGCAAAUUCCAAAGAAUCUGAAGAUCCAGAGAUCUGUGUGUCGAGCCAGAGAGGGCACAUCGUUUCCUGUCAGUUUAAAGCUGAGGGCUAGUUUUCCUGAUGAGGUCCAAGUCCCAGUGAUUGAGGAUGGACUCCUACAGGAGUGCAAGACAGGAUCUUGCACUGACUGUUCUUACUCCGCCACUCUCUGGGUUUUCACCACCAUCAGUGGGCUUAUCACUCUCCAGCCAGAUGGAACCAUCUAUGGCAUCAACAACAGUUUUGCUUCGAUUCUCUUUGGAUAUGAGAAAAAGGAGCUGCUGGGAAAGAACAUCACCUUCCUGAUCCCUGGUUUCUAUAACCACAUGGAAAGAAUUGAUUACUCCUCCUUGCCAUUUCCCCCUCUCGAUGACUGCAUGAAGGCGGAAAACGGAAGAACCUCUGGGGAUGUUAAAAGAGCUCAGCUGGGAGACUGUUGUAUCACAGACAGGAGUGAAGGGGCCAGUCACUUGCUUGCUGGAGAUGCAGUCCUCCUGCUAUGUGAGAAGCAGAAAUUAGCAAGGAGCCAAGCCAAAGAGAUUUUCACUAGAGCAGAGACCCAGCUGGAUGGUGGGAGCAAUGUGCCACCUACUCUAUCAUCAUCUGCAGUGACAUCCACGCAUUUCUGUGGUGUGGACUGCAUUGCUGCUGGUGGCCUGCCAGCCACUGAUGAAGAGCCAUUGCCUGAGAGUCAGCACGAGGAAAUCUUCACUGUGACGGAAACUGCAAAACCGAAUAACUCGUCCCAGAGCCUGUCUGCAGCAGAUGCUCUCAAACCGUCUGAUCCAGAGCAGUCCGUUUUAGGUCAGAGCACAGAAGUCCCAGUGAGAGUGUGUAACGGUCCAGUAGCAUCCGAGACUCUGCAGGAGAACAUUGAUGUGAUUGGUAGCUUAUCUGACUUGCUGCAGGAGGAACAGAAUGUCCUUGUGGAUUUAGACAGACAGUUGGGCUCUGGAUUACCACAUGAUGAAACCAGGAAGUGUCAAUCUUCCAUUGAAGCCCUGGGAAAGGCUGCUUCUGUACUGGGCUCUCAGAUGCCUGUUCCCUGCAGAUUAGAAGAUAGUCUAGAAACAGAGACCAGUGAUUUGAAUAGAUCUUUGUGUGAUGCUACCUGUCUCUCCUUGGGGACACCAACUCUAGAUGAACCACGAUGUGGGGCAACAUCUUACUGCAGACAAAAUGUGCAAGUCCAUGUGAUUACAGAGCAGUUCACAAACACAAACUCAAUGAGUGGGACAAGAAACGCCAGCUUUGAGCAGGUAACACUAGACAGCUCCAGACUGACCAGCUGUUCACCCUUCCUUCCUGUUGGAAGGAGUAAUAUCCAAGAUGUUUGUUCGGGAAGUCUCCUAACUUGUGAUGCCUCUGCCCUGGGGGCCUCCAGUACUUUCAACAAAUCGCAAGAACCAGGCACUGAGGUGAAUUGUGUUUGUGAUGGCCUUAGUGAGCUGAACCUCAACAUUGACACAGAGUUGACUUCAGCCAGUUGUUCAGAUGCUACGUCAGGUCUUCCAUGGACACCCUUGCCCAGUGUAAUGAAUUGUGACUUAGAUGUAGGCAGCCUCCUGGCCCGGAAGACUAGCUCCUCUACAAGUGAACAGGAUGAGCCCCCCUUGAAUAGCCCAAAGGGUGGGCAGGGGUGGGUGAACUCCCGCAGACAUUUGAAAAACGCUCAACGGGAUUCCUCCAGAGCAUCUCCUUCAGUGCCUAACAGUGCUGCAGAGAACACAGGGAGCCCUCUGAGCAGUGAUGUGAAUCCCCAAGAAGACAGUCUGCUGUCCAAGCAGCAGAACUUAGAAAUGCAAGUAACAUCCACCCCCGUGAAAGCAGAAGCUAAAUUCUCUCCAUCAGUUCCUUUGCUUACCUCUGAGAUCCUGGAAGGCAGCUAUGCUGGGAACUGCUAUCACAGAGACGGCUCCCGGCUAAGUGUGCUCUUCGAAGUGAAGCGUGUGGAACUGCAGGACCCCGCAGCUCUCUUCUGCGUCUGGGUGGCGAGAGACCUCCUCUGGAACCAGAACGCAGCAGCCCGCAGGACUCAGCUUCUACUCUCCAGUCUGGCCAGUUCCUCCCCGUCCGGGGGGGAACUCUCUGCACUCAGCCUGGGAGAAGCCAUCAGGACAAGGCCAUUGUUUGAGAAUUCCCAAAGAGCUGAAGAGCUGGAAAGUUUGAGGGCAAAUGAGGGGGAAUAUGCAAAGAAAUACGACACCAUCUGUCUCAUUGGAAAAGGAGCUUUUGGCUUUGUCUGGACUGCCAGAUGCAAGAAAGAUAAGAAGGAGGUUGUAGUAAAGUUCAUUUGGAAGGAGAAGGUGUUGGAAGACUGCUGGGUAGAGGAUCCUGAACUUGGAAAAGUUACUCAGGAGAUUGCAAUCUUGCGAAAGCUGCAUCAUCCCAGUAUUGUUAAGGUGCAGGAUGUGUUUGAAAAUGGACGCUUUUUCCAGUUAGUGAUGGAGAAGCAUGGAUCAGGCCUGGAUCUUUUCACAUUCAUUGAUAAUCGGCCAGACUUGGAUGAGCCCUUGGCAAGCUACAUAUUCAGGCAGCUAGUGUCGGCAGUGGGAUAUCUUCACUGCAGAAAUAUCCUCCAUAGAGACAUCAAGGAUGAGAACAUCAUCAUUGCUGAGGAUUUCACAAUCAAACUGGUAGACUUUGGCUCGGCUGCUUACAUGGAAUCUGGGAAGCUGUUCUACACAUUCUGUGGGACAGUUGAGUACUGCUCACCAGAAGUGCUCGCAGGCAAUCCGUACCCGGGACCGGAGCUGGAGAUGUGGUCACUUGGCAUCACCCUCUAUACCCUAGUAUUUGGCGAGAAUCCCUUCUGUGAAUUAGAGGAGACCAUGGAGGCUGUACUAAAUCCCCCUGGUCACGUGUCAGAAGAUCUGAUGGUUCUGCUGUCUGGACUCCUGCACCCUGCUCCAGAGCAGCGCACAACCCUGCAAAAGCUACUAGUGGACCCUUGGGUGCUGCAGCCCGUGAACCUGGCUAAUUACACUUGGGAAGAGGUGUAUGUCUGGGCCAGGCCAGAAAGCAAUGACUUCGGAAAUCACUGUGCUGAGCAGUCACACAGCGAGCCAGGAGAGUCAGCGGAGACCAAGCCAUGAUGCCUAUGGCCAUGAGCUCCCAGAUCCCCAGUUGGAGCAAGACCCGGGGUUGGCUUAUCUUCAGCGCUGAGACUGACCCGUGGAGGAUGCCAGGCAAUCAGCAUAUCGCAUAUUUCCCCCACUGGCUGGAGAAUAGCUCCUUAGUCAUCAUCUGGACAACCCCUGCUGUCCACCCAAGAACUAAAAGAAGCUUCCCAUUAAGCACUUCUGGUUUAAGGACAGAUGAACCUUCAUACGAGAAGGCGGGAGCUGCUCACCAUUGAGAGAAAUCUCCUCACAGGUACCCCUUUGGCUUGCUGUAGCAGCAGCUGUGAUAUGAAGGGGCUUGAGACUGAUGUGAAAGAGCCAGUCUUUGAUUUCAGGCUGAUCCGUUCUUGACUCUGAAAUGCAGAAGCUUUUUGCUUCCUCCAGAUGGACUUUUCUGGAGCUCACUUGCAGUGAGUGGCUCCAGAGGUGCCUUUCCUCCCUUAUGUUCCCCUGAGCCAACAGCGCUGCCGCUGGAUGGUCUUGUGUGCCCGAGAGGUCUGUUGUGUUGAUGGAACAGAAUCCAGCGGUACACUUACCCAGUCUCCCCAGUAUAAAACUGAGUCCUGUAAGCUCAGCCUCUCUGACACUGCAGCACGCCCCAGGAGGCUGCUGGGAAGCUGGUGCAGUGCAGGGCAUGUGCUCUUCCCGGGAGCCGGUCUCGGGUUGAAAGCCUGUUUGUGUGAACUCCGCCUGGCACUGCUGUGGAUGAGCCUCCCAGCGGCGGUCAGUGUGGCGUGAGAACCAGCCUGCUUUUGCUACUACGGGCUUUCCUUAGCUCAUUUGCCCUGGGAAUCUGGGGCCCCAAUGUUUGCUGACUGAAGCUGGGGAUUGAAAGAACCACCUGGUUAUCAUCCUCUGUCCCUUUCAUGGCUGCGAGAAGCGGGAUUGGAUUCUGACAGAAUUCACAGUGAAACAUACUGUGCAAGGCCCAGUGUGGCCAGUUGUCUUUGACUGUUCUCUGUUCAAUAGUGCUGUUCUGGAAUAGAGGCGUGCGAGUUGUGGUCGAGGGUGCUUUUCUCUCUAUACGCAAAGACGGUUGUCAAGCUUAGAAACUGGCCCCCUUGGUUUGUAGUUCUCUCAUAAGCCUUGUUAGAAGAGUUUCAGAAAUGCAGUUUGGUUUUUCAAGUGAUCCUUGCUGCACUACAAAAUCAGAUCAAGCUUGACUGCUCGCUUCCCACGCUGUAAUCAAGGUGGUGCGGUGCAGUGCGGUGCAGAGCAGAGAUUGCAUGCGUGGCUUUGUCUGUGGCCAAUUGCAUGGGAAGUCAGAACCUCAGUAAUGUAACUCCAUCAGUGGAACCUUAUACUGAACUAGACUUUUUCCUAAUUCUCUUCUUUUUUUGGUGGUGGUUGCUGGGCUUUUAAAAGUUUAUCUAGACCAGAACUUCUGCAGCGCGACCUAUCAGAUUUUGGCUCCGAUCUCACUCAUCUCUCUUCUCCUGCCCCCCCCCCCCCCAACGCCAGUAGAUAGUUGAGAGAGUAUUUCAAGGGCCUGUUUUUAGUGCAGUGUGUGUGGAUGUCCAGGAGAUUGGGGAAUUGAACACAAAAGCCCAGGGCAGUGCUAGCGUUUAUGCAUCUAAAUAUGUACUGCAGUACAGCAUCCACAAAUACCUAAUUCCAGUGUUAUGGGAUUGCCUUGCUCAUUGAA